AUGUCGAACAAUGGCGGCGGCCAUGGCCACGCUCUCCCGGCUGUGGACCAGGAAAAGGACAUCGUGCCUGCCGUGCAGCCGCCUGACAACAGUAGGGCACGGGUGGUGAGAACAAGAAAGAACACAAGUUGGAUGAAGAGAACCUUCGGUGUCGUCUGGCCUCACGUGAAGUGGGCGCUCAUUAACAUAGGGUAUCUAGGAUUUGGUGCCGCUAUGUUUGCAGCAUUGGAAGUUCCUCCGGAUCCGGUAGGCAACAUGUACGGGGGAAGAGUGAACAGUGGUGCUGCUACUCCGGAUCUUCGCAAAACGUCCAGCAAGGAUUUGGUACGACGAGAAACGACAACCAGACGACUUAGCGUUCUUCCAUUCGUAAACGCAGAGGAAGAAGUUCAGAAUGAUACCGGAGAAACAGACCAGAAAGGAUCGGGGGGUGAGGGGUGGAAACCGGCCUGCUGCAGCUGCAGUUUACGGGCUGUAGCCGUCACCGUGUGGCCUCAUCUGAAAAUAGUCAUCCUCAAUGUCGCGUACCUCGGAUUCGGCGCCUGGGUCUUCUGCACGUUGGAGUGCGAAGGGCAAAAGGCGCGGCAUCCAGACCUGCCUGCCAGUCGCCAUUUUGUCCUGGACAAGUUACGGGCCGCGGCGAACAACACCACAAGUUUUGAGAACUGGACACGAGUUGCGGACCUGGAAAUGGCGAAACACGAAGAGAUGGUUGUCCGUGCACGACAAGAGUUUGUGUGGGGAACCAACGGCUCGUCCCCCGCCUACCUGUCGGACCCUUCCCGGGCACUGUUCUUUGCGGCUGUCGUGGUCACCACAAUCGGUUACGGCCACGUCACGCCCCAGACGACCGGAGGGCGCGUCUUCCUCAUGUUCUACGCCGCGGUCGGCAUGCCGCUGAUGCUGGCGUGGCUGGCCGACAUCAACCGCCUGUUCGGUCACCUCCUGCACUUCCUGACCAGGAAGGUUAACGCCGUCCUGCGUCCAGAGCUUCCCGCAGAUAAAGCACGAAGAGUUCCAGUGUGGGUGAUCGUGCUGCUAUUGGUGAUCUACCUGCUAGUCGGCGCUGGUGUACUGUGCUUUUGGGAGGACUGGACGUUCGUGGACAGCCUGUACUACACCUACAUAACCGCCAGCACCAUAGGGUUUGGUGACAUAGUGCCGACCAAGCAGCUGUACGUGCUCAUAGUGUUCCCCUACAUCCUCCUGGGGCUGUCCCUGGUGUCCAACUGCUUCAGGCUCACACAAGAAGCGAUCCACUGGGUUGACGAGCGUUUCUGCGGCGGCAGGAAGAUGUACCGGCGGGACGCGUGCCCGUGCUGCGGGCUGCUCAACAUGCAGAAGAUGCGGCCGGAGGACCUGGUCCUGGUGCGGCGGAUGGCGAUGAAGUGGCGCCGCAUGUCCGGGCAGCGGCGCAAGCGGGCAGUGGUGUACCUGCUGCCCAUGUGGAUGGUUUGGGACGACUUGGAAGAGAUAGCGCAGAGCCAGACACCUGCCGACUCCGACCACACCACAGCUACCACCGCCGAGCAAUGAGACGUCUUCACGGCACUUCACUCACAACUUCCGGCGCGGUCACAUUCGUCGUGGGUCGUCAUACGAUUUUGAUGUGAUAGAAUUUGCAAACAGGUUGUGACAGAAGCAACCAGCGACAAGGACCUGAGACAGCCCUUUUCUGUAACGAGACAUCUAAAUUGUACAGGACACAUGCACGGACAGGCCUAGAAUACAUUCAGUUUCGACCGUUAGACCACAAAAAUCACAAGAAAUGAGAAGGCAAAAAUAAUUCUUGUACUGUUCUUGGUCAGUGCCGAAUGACCCAUUUAAGUUCCUCUGUGAGGGUGAUAUGAGCGAAACACUAUAUGACGUCUGUAUAUUUUGUCACGGACAUUUAUUUAUGAUGUAUACAUGUAUGUAUAUUUUGUCACCGACAAACAUAGAAAUUCUACAGUCUCUGGACUUGUCAAACACUGUCGACACCGAGCCAGCAGAACAGAACACAAUUAAGUGCAAGGAAAGCUUUCUUGUUGGGUCAUAAUUGGUGAGAUAGCGGUAAAACAAAUAUGGAGCACAAACACGAAAGAUGCAGAUGUAGGCAUUAUUUGUCAUGUAUGACAAUGUUGACUUUUAUAACCAGGGUUGUCCCUAGUGUUGGAGUGUUACUACUGUAUUGACAAACACAUACACGCAGACUUUUACAUAUCUAUACGUGUGGAAAUAUUCUCCUGGAUAUUCGUAGUGACGCAGAAUGAUAAAGUAACCGAGAGAAAAGGCGAUAGUCUCGGUAACAGGCCUGCCAAAGGUUGCACGACACCGGCCUUCAGGUGCGGUCCUUUUGUUUGUUUCCUUCCGGCCUUCCCCAAACACAGCCUCGGUCACGCCCUGAAACUAAUCUACCCAACGGGGAAAGGUUUCCAUUGUCCACAAACUGGCCUGGCCGGCCAGUGUCAGGUCACCCCCUCACACAAUACACCACUUGCUGUAUUAGACAUUAAAUAACGUCAUUCCUGAUUAAGUUCUCAUAAUCCGCCUUAAUCCGAAGCGCAAACGAAGGGGAUCUAGCGGUUGCUAUGGCGACGAGCGGCACCUUGUUGGUAAACGUCACGUGACCUUUCCUGAGCCUGAUUAAUGGUUGUUAUUUUGU